AUUAUCUCAGAAAGGACCUCAACAGAGACAAGAAUCAAGUCAACCACCUCAGCAACAGGGAAGACCACAACAAAUGCAGAGAGGUCAACCCCAACAGCAACAGUCCCAUGUUCAACCACAAUUACAGGUUGCUCCACCACAAGGGCUAUGGGGACAACCAACCCAAUGGCAGAGAGGUCAGGUCCAAUAUCCACAGAUGGGUCAACCACAAUACCCUCCCCAGCAGCAUCCACAAAUGAGCCAGCCCCAACAUCCACAGAUGGGUCAGCCCCAACAUCCACAGAUGGGUCAGCCCCAACAUCCACAGAUGGGUCAGCCGCGACAUCCACAGAUGGGUCAGCCACGACAUCCACAGAUGGGUCAGCCCCAACACUCUCCUCAACAUCAACGGAUGGGUCAGCCACGACAUCCACAGAUGGGUCAGCCCCAACACUCUCCUCAACAUCAACAGAUGGGUCAGCCCCAAUAUCCCCCUCAACAACCGCAAGCACAAUUUCACCCUCAACAACAACCACCACAAGAUGCACCAUUUCAGCAAGGCGGUAGGGGUAGGCCCCAACAAGGGCAACCACCACAACAAAUGCAAUCACCACAACAAAUGCAGCAACAGCCCCAAAAAAGUCCUCAACACCAGCAGGAAGGGGGUAAAGGUAGGGGUAAGCCUCAUCAAGCACAGACGCAGCAAACAAGAGUGUCUCCACCGACCCAACAAAUGGCUAAACUUCAAGUCGAUGAUUUGCCACCUAUGCAGUUUAUCAAAGUCCAGCCUGGUACACUGGGUCGUAAAAUUCAUGUUGAAACCAAUCAUUUACAACUGAAUCUUGGAAAGUUGCGCAGUGCAAUUCACUAUGAUGUCAAUCUUGUGCCAGAUACUCCCAAGAAAUAUUUGAGGCUUGUUGUAGAGUUGUUCAGACAAAAACAUUUUCCCAAACGAUACCCAGCUUUCGAUGGUAGAAAAAAUUUAUAUAGCACAACAAGAUUACCAUUUGAUGACUUCAUCUCCGAUGAAAUUGUGUAUAAAGAACCAGAUGGACGAGAUCGAAAGUACAAAGUUGAAAUCAAGUUUGCCAAUGAGGUUGAUUUGACACCGUUACAAAAUUUCAGUUUGUCCAGAGAUACUCCACGAGAAGCUCUACAGGUCGUAGAUAUAGUCUUACGAAGUGCUCCAGCAAUCAACUUGAUUUCGGUGGGAAGAAGUUUUUUUUCGAAACCUACAGGAAUUCUUGAUUUAGGAGAAGGCAUGGAAAUGUAUAAUGGAUUUUAUCAGUCAGCUAUUAGAGGCUGGAAACCCUUCCUCAAUGUAGAUGUGGCACACAAGGCCUUUCCUAAAAAUAUUAGUGUAACUGACGCACUGGUGGACCUCUUUGAUUCGUGUUAUCAGCCUUUCAGAAGAGAGGAUCUGAGUAAACCUUUAGACGGCAGACAAAGAGAGACUUUUGAAAAGUACAUUAAAACUUUGCGAGUGACCUAUGAAAUUCCUGGUAAUUCAUCGUCAAAGAGAUCGUAUAGAGUGAAUGGUAUAGAUCGACCACCAAGAGAAAAAGUAUUCAAAUUGGACAAUGGUAAAGAGAUGACGAUUGAAAACUAUUUUGCAACCUUGAAAGGAUAUAGGUUGAGAUAUCCCCAUCUACCCUCGUUGUGGGUUGGAGAUAGAAAUCGUCCCACUCCAAUAUUGUUACCUUUGGAGCUCUGUGUGAUAGAACAAAACCAAGCAGUGAAUAGAAAGAUGACGGAAAACCAAACUAGUAAGAUGAUAAAAUAUGCUGCCACGAACACAGAGGUACGUAAACAGAAGAUCACAACUGCUCUACGACAAGCCAACCAUAACCAGAAUCAAACUGUCCUAGAAUUCGGAUUCUCUGUUGCAAAUGAAUUUGAAAAACUGGAAGCUAGAGUUUUGCAACCGCCCACUUUGCAGUACAAUCAAACACAAGACAAACCAUUUAAGGGAGUAUGGAGAGGAAACAAAUUUUUCGUUGGCGUUGAGAUAAAUAAAUGGACUAUUGCAUGUGCUGACAGAAGACCCCCAAGACCUGAUGAUCUCAACCGACUUGCAGAUAUGGUAAGCACUUUCCUAUCUAAAGGGUUCACAAUGACGGCCUCGCACGACCCACAAGCAUUCAAAUACAAUAUUUGUUGGCGCUUACAGCCGCCGAAAGUUGAAAUUAUUGAAGAUCUCGAAGCGAUUACUGUGGAGCAGUUGAAAUAUUUUUAUGAAAAAAAUAGAGGCAUGAAACCUGAACGGAUUGUAUUUUUCAGAGAUGGUGUUUCAGAAGGCCAAUUCGACCAAGUGAGGCAGGCUGAAAUCAGGGCGAUCAGAUCAGCCUGCAAAAAAGUUCAGGCUUCUGAUUAUGAGCCAAAAAUAACUUUUCUUGUUGUUCAGAAACGUCACCAUACUCGCCUGUUCCCAACGAAUCCUAGAGAUUCUGAAGACAAGAACUUCAACGUACCUGCAGGUACAUGUGUCGAUACGACGAUUACACAUCCUUUCUUGCAAGAUUUCUACUUGGUUUCUCAUGCCAGUAUUCAAGGAGUCGCAAAGCCUACGAAGUACUGCACACUUUGGGACGACAACGAUAUGUCUCAUGAUGAGAUUGAGGCGUUGACAUAUCACUUGUGUCAUAUGUUUACUCGUUGUAAUAGAUCAGUAAGUUAUCCUGCGCCAACAUAUUACGCCCAUUUAGCUGCUGCAAGAGCAAAGGUUUACAUCGAAAACGAUAGGAUAGAUUUGGAUAAUUUGCAAAGAGAAUUUGCGAAAUAUCCCAUUCAGGAUGUUAUUCGGAAGGGAAAACCAAUGUUUUUUGUUUAGGGUUUUGGUUUUUUAUAAGAUAUAUACUCGAAUAUGUUAAUUUUAUUUUAACUAUACAUACAUUUACGAGGGUGGUCUGAAACUUGACAAAGAUAGAAGACAUUUUUUUCAGUUUUUUUAAUUUUUCAACAUAGUUCAACUCUACAAACUUCUCCCAGCGAUUCUCCAAUCUCUGUAACCCGUCCAAAUAGUACUCAGCGUUUUUCUCUGCAUAAUAAUUAUUCACAAAGGUGAUUGUCUUUUCAUGGGACCAAAAUCUCUGUAUUCCGAACGCAAUUUUAAUAUGAGGAAACAAAAAUAAGUCGCUUGGGGCUAGAUCUGGUGAGUAAGGCGGAUGGUCAAGCAGUUCAAACCGUAAUUCAUGGAUUUUUGCCAUGGCAACCGCUGAGGUGUGAGAUGGUGCGUCAUCUUGGUGAAACAUAAUUUCUUUUUUCUAAAAAUGUGGCCGUUUUCACCGCAAGUUCUGCUUUCAGCUUGUCAAAUCAUGAUGCGUAGUAAUGGUUUUUCCUAUUUAAAGACAAUCGAUUAAUAUGUCCAUUUUAUGACAUAUAAUCAUAUCAAACUAUAUAAGUCAACAGUGGGGGAGGGAAGGUUCUCUUUCUUUCACCUCCUUUAUAUUUUUCUUCUUUUUCCCAUCCCACCACCCCAAUGUACGUACGAUCUGUCUUUUUAUCCCCCGGUUCCUAGCACACCAGACAAAGCUCGACACUCUAGUAGACGAUGCAUGUGCUGCUAUAACCCGGCAUACCACAGCAGUCCAGUCCAGUUAGUCGAAAACACGAAGUUACUUAUACUUACAGCCAAGCACAGAAAACCUCCAACCUCAGUAGCACACCAUUCCGGACACAGGCUUGCAAGCUGCAAGACAGUCUUUGUCUCCCGAAGAAGCUUUUGUUAUGUAGCAGCCAGUUACGUAACAGGAGGAGCAUUGGUCACAUGCGCCUGAAGAUAGGAAGCAACGACCAUCCAAAAUAUAGAGAGAGAGAGAACUCCAUGACUAUCCCAAAAAACAAUCGCCAUUACUAUCCCAAGAAACAAUCGCCAUGACUAUCCCAAAAAACAAUCGCCAUCACUUUUCCGGCCGAAAAAACAGUUUUUGACUUUUUUGGAGCCGGUUCUACCUUUGCAGUUCACUGUUUAGACUGUAUUUUUGUUUCGGGCGUAUAAUGGUGUAUUCAGGUUUCAUCUACAGUAGUUAAUCGGUUUUGGUCUAACGUGAGCAAACGCGGCACCCAAUGCGCGGGCAGCUUUCUCUUGCCUAAAUGUUGAUUAAAUAUGUUCGUAACUUCUGCUAUCUCUCUCACUUUAAUUCGGCUGUCGUCUAGCCCCACUUGGUGAACUUUGGCGAUGUUUUCAUCGGUAGUUCCAGUUUUUAGACGUCCCGAACGUUCAUCGUCUCCCAAGCUCUUACAGCCACUUUUAAAUUCAGCUUCCCAAAAUUUCACUGUGGUAAAUGACGGUGCAGAGCCCCCAUACACCGAAUCGAACUCGUCUUUGAUUUGUGUAGGCGUAUUGCCUUUCAAAAACACAUUUAAUGACAGCUCGGUACUCGAUUUUGUACAUUUUCAUAACACAUUAACUCACUCAAACGACUGUUACUGCUGCGCGUCCAAAAUGACUAAAACUUUGGUGAUUAACUGUCAACAGAUGAACAACAAAAUUCCCUAGCUUUUAUUUACUAGUGCUGCCAUCUUUAUGUUGAAGUUGGAAACUUUUCAGACCACCGUCGUAUACCUAACAUAACAUUUAUAGAAUAUGAUAUAUUGAUUGAGAAAAAUAAAUUACUUAUUCCAUGUA